AUGGAGAGCAGAGUCUUUCAGGCGAGCUUCAGCCAGUCCCAGGUCCUGGAGCUGUGCAAGGACACCAGCGCUCUGAAGGGAGCCUUCGAGGCGGGGGACCUGCCAGCAGUGGCCCCCAAGCUGCAGGCCACACUGCAUUCGCUGGAGAAUGCCAGGCUGGACAUCGGCAUCACCGGCGGCACGGGCUCAGGCAAGUCGACCUUUGUCAAUGCCAUCAGGGGGCUGGGAGACGAGGACCCCAAAUCGGCCUACACGGGCGUGGUGGAAAUGACGGCUGACCAAUACCUCCAGCGAGUGCUGCCGGCCCGUUACGACUUCUUCAUCAUCAUCACCUCGGAGAGCUUCACCGCCCACCAUGCCCAGCUGGCUCGCGAGAUCCUGCAGCAGGGCAAGCGUUUCUACCUCAUCCGCUCCAAGGUGGACGUGGACAUCGCCGCCUCCCGCAGCCGGCGCCCCAGCACCUUCUCAGAGGAGCGAGUGCUUGGCCAGAUCCGGGAUGACUCGGGGAGCCUGAAGGACCCCAAGGUCUUCCUGCUCUCCAUGUUUGAGUUGGGCAAGUACGACUUCCACCUGCUGGAGGAGUCGAUGGAUGUGGCGUGUGACCUGUACGUGCUCAUCAAAUCCCUGGAAGGCUACCGCCGCAGUUUCGGCCUGGACCAGGACUCCCUUGUCAUGCUGGCGGGGCAGACAGGCCAACCCCUGCACAAGAUCCUGGAGGUGGUCUGGGGCCCGAAGACCAAGGUCACCGAGGCACUGGUGGUGGAACUACUGGACCAGGCCUCCAGGGAUGCCUCUGCUUUCACCCAGGAGCUCCUCAACGUGCCCAUCCUCGGCCCCCUGGCCACCUGCGGCAUCUCCUUCGCCACCAGCUACCAGAUGCUCCGCACGUCUCUGAACGAGGCGGUCAACGAUGCCCAGCGAGUGCUGCUUCAGGCCUUCCUCGACAGCUCCGACCACAAGCUCCCAGAGAAACCCAAUCAAGGAUCCCAGCCCUGA